AUGGGGCUCGUAGAGGAUCACUGCAGUGAUUCGCGGGCCCCGGCAUCGUCGACAUCUCCUCUUGGAGGCAGCGCGGGCAGCGCAGAUGCUCUGCCCUCCGCUUCAGACCUCGUUGAUGCACGACGGGCUGGGGCCUCUGGCGUUAAAGCAGGCCCCAUCAAGCGGACGCGAACUCAAACAGAUGAGGAAGCUUCCUUGCUGGAGAAGCUAUUGGAGGAAACUGAGGCUGCGGACGCCAAGGAAUAUGUUCCACUUAAGAAGCGGAAAGCCAUACGCGAGCAGCUUCUGAAAAAACAAUUGCAGGCGCUCAGCGCACAUUUGGAGACAGAGGAAGGGGCACCAGGUGUAAACGAUUCUGACAAAGAUGAAGAAACUAAGCAGAAAGAAGCGAAGCAGAAGGAAGCAGCGAUAUCAAAGGCCCGUCUAGACUUCAGGAAAACGCUCCUCGCGACAAGCCGCAAGCUGCGGCAGGAGGCAGAAAAGAACAAAAAGGAUGUUGUGCAAGAAAUCGAAGAGGAAGAACAGCGCAUCCUGGAACAGGUGUCGAAAUCACUGGGGGCACCUUUGCAAGGCGUCCGGGAGCGUGCGAAGGGUAUUGUCUAUUCCAAGCGAAUGGCCACUUCUUGGACGAUGCCUGCUAAAUACCGUGAGAUGACGGAAGCAGAGGCAAACGAGGUCCGGGAGCGCUUCUUUGUUGACGUAAAUGGGACGGAUGUGCCACCGCCGUUCCGCAAUUUCAAAGACAUGCGUUUUCCCCAGCCUAUUUUAGAUGCGUUAAAAAAGAAGAACAUUACAGCACCCACCCAGAUUCAGAUGCAGGGCAUCCCAGCACUGCUGCAGGGACGGGAUUUGAUCGGCAUCGCCUUCACGGGUAGCGGGAAGACCCUCGUGUUCACUCUGCCUAUGCUUAUGGGGGCUCUAGAAUCAGAAAUGCGCUCCCCUUACGUCGCUGGAGAGGGUCCUUGGGGACUGGUAGUUUGCCCUUCGCGGGAGUUAGCCAGCCAGACCACCGACGUGGUAAACUUUUUUGCAACUGCUCUCCACGAAGGCGGAUAUCCGCAGCUUCGUUCUCUAUGUAUGAUUGGAGGCGUUAGUACUCAAGAACAGGCCGCAUUCAUACGUAACGGAGUGCACUGCGUGGUGGCGACUCCUGGAAGAUUAACGGAUAUGCUCAACAAGAGGCGUAUGGGGCUCAACCAGUGCCGUUACCUGGCAUUCGAUGAGGCAGACAGAAUGGUGGAUAUGGGAUUUGAAGAGGAAGUUAGGAAUGUGCUGGAUUGCUUUGGCCACCAAAGACAGACUCUUUUAUUCUCUGCUACCAUGCCUCGAAAAAUUCAGGAGUUCGCGAAGUCUGCGCUGGUUGAUCCUAUAGUUGUUAACGUCGGCAGAGCAGGAGCUGCAAACUUGGAUGUUAUUCAAGAAGUUGAAUAUGUCAAGCAAGAAAAUAAACUUCCAUACCUCUUGCACUGCCUGCAAAAGACAGAGCCUCCGGCCUUGGUAUUCUGCGAGAACAAAAAGGAUGUAGAUGAUAUCCAGGAAUAUUUACUGUUAAAGGGCGUUGAAGCUGUUGCGAUUCAUGGGGGUCUCGCGCAAGAAGAACGCAGUGAAGCUGUUAGACUUUUCAAGGAGGGAAGGAAGGACGUGCUCGUCGGAACGGACGUAGCCUCAAAAGGACUUGACUUUCCAGCUAUUCAACAUGUAAUUAACUUUGAUAUGCCCAAGGAAAUCGAAAACUACGUACAUAGGAUCGGGCGCACAGGCCGAUGUGGGCGCACGGGUGUAGCAACAACCUUUAUAAACAAGAAUUCUGAAGAAACAGUCCUUCUGGAUCUCAAGGCGCUUUUGAUCGAGGCAGGCCAGAGGAUUCCUCCAUUCCUUGAUGCUCUAGAUAGCAGGGGGUUAAACCUUAAGGAAAUUGGAGGCGUGAGAGGUUGCGCUUAUUGCGGUGGGUUGGGUCAUCGUAUUGGGCAGUGCCCCAAGCUGGAGAGCCAAAAACGACAGACCCAGGGCUCGACAGGUAAGGACUAUUUGACAUCGGGAUCGCGCUAUGGUGGUACUGGGAAGUACGGCGGAGAGUGGUGA